UGUCAGAUCAGUUGAAUCCAACGGGUCUGUCAGGUCUGUUUCUCACCAUGGAUUCCGCGGCAGAUUUCGGUCCGCUCCAGCAACGCGUGCAGUCGUCCCUGAUGCAGGUGACGCGCAGCGCCGGUCAACUGUCCGCCGAAGAUCUCGAUUUCCAUCGCUCCUCGAACGCAGAGGUUUCGGAUUCCCUGGAUGAGCAGAGCAAUCGACUGCUCUCUCUCACUUCCUCGAUCCUGAAGGCCGCCACCGCUGGUACGGAUGUAUCUGCACCGACAUUGGACGACGAAGAUGCCCUCGAAGAUAACUGGCGCGGCGUGGUGGAUGUGAUCGAUGCGCUGUUGGAAAAGGCCGACGCGUGCUUGGAUGAAUUCACCGGGGUGAUUAAGAAAUUGAGCCCCUCGCAACAGGAACAGGCUGCGGCCAAGGCUACGAAGAAGACCCCUGCGAAGUUUCCCACCGUUUACGAUUAUGGUCCGUCGAAGAUCCCUAAGCCGCAGUUGCAGUUUGAGCGCCCCGCCGAUAAUACCGAUACGUCGCCGUUCAAGCCCUUGUUGAAGACGAAGCCGCAUGCGAUGGUUCCGUUGAAGGAUUCGCUAAAGUUGGCUGACUCCGCGGUUGGGUAUGUGAACCCUUACGAGACUGAGAUUCGUGCGGCGAAAUUCCCCGCUUCUUCGUACAGUGUGUCGCCUGCUGUCGAUUAUCAGCCGUGGGAGUCGACAAAGGCGACUUUUGUGGAUACUCCGGAGGGUGUGCAGGAGAUGUUGGAGGAGUUGAAGAAGGCGAAGGAGGUUGCUAUCGAUUUGGAACAUCACGACGUGCACUCAUAUCAGGGUCUGGUUUCCUUGAUGCAGAUUAGCACCCGGGAUAAGGAUUGGGUUGUCGACACGCUCAAGCCCUGGAGGGAGGAGCUUCAGGUUCUCAAUGAAGUGUUUGCGGACCCGAACAUUCUCAAGGUGCUUCACGGUUCCUCGAUGGAUAUUAUCUGGCUCCAGCGCGACUUGGGCCUGUACGUCGUUGGCAUGUUCGACACUUAUCAUGCUGCUUGCGCGUUGAACUACCCGAAGCGCAGUUUGAAGUACCUGUUGCAGAAGUUUAUCAACUUUGAAGCCGACAAGAGAUACCAGAUGGCCGACUGGCGCAUUCGGCCGAUUCCGGAAGGCAUGUUUGACUAUGCUCGCUCGGAUACUCAUUACCUCCUCCAUAUCUACGACCACUUGCGCAACGAGCUUGUCGAAAACUCCGUUCCGGACAACAACCUCGUCGACUACGUUUCCGAUCAGUCCAAGAAGGAGGCUCUGCAGAUUUAUGAGCGUCCCGUCUACGAUUCCGCCACUGGACAAGGGCCCGGCGGCUGGUACGACCUUCUGUCGCGAAAUUCGGUUGUUGUCAACAGGGAACAGUUUGCGGUGUUCAAGGCGGUACACCAGUGGCGCGACGAGGUUGCUAGAGAAGAGGACGAGGGUGUACAAUGUGUGUUCCCGAAGCACGUUCUUUUCCGGGUUGCCCACGCCAUGCCCCUCGACCUCGGCACCCUAUUCCGGACAUUGUCGCCUGUGACGCCAAUUGUUCAGCAACGUGCCGCGGACCUCCUUGAAGUGAUCAAGAAUGCGAAGCUCGAAGGUGCUGAUGGCCCGGAGUGGCGUGACGUGUACGUCAAGCCGACCAAGAGCACUCCGGCCACGCCAGCGACAGAGGCUGGUCCUUCGACUCCCACUUCGGAGGAGACCGACUUCCCCACUGCCGCGCGCUUCGAAGUCUCUCAAUUCUGGGGUUCUGUGCUCGACUCGCAAGAACCGCCGGCGACACCCGCAUACUCCGCUGUUGCGUCCGCCGAAGCUCUCCGCCUCUCCCUCCCUCUGCCGCCUAUGCCCCGAACCGUGUCCGAAGCCCGCGAGAAACUUGCUCCCGCCCCUGCACCCUCGAAGCCCGCUGCUCCUGCUCCGGUUGAAGAAGAAAAGAAGGACGAGAACAAGUACUUCACCGUCAAGGAACUUGGUGGACCCCGCAAGCGCAAGGUGACGCCCGUUGAGCAGUCGGCGUCCUCCGAAAUCGAGGCACCUACUACAGAUGCCAGUUCGUCGUUCGAUAUUGAAGAGAAGCCGUCCAAGAAACAGCGCCGGAAGGACAAGAAGAACAAGUCGGCCUCUGAAACACCACAGCCCGAGCAAUCCGCCAAGGAAGAAGAAGCUCCGUUCAACUACGAGUCCGCAGCGUCCGUAUUUAACGCCAAGCCCGGCCAGGCCGCCUCGGGACUGCCGCCCAAGCGUCGUUACAACCCGUACGCCAAGGCGCUGGAGGCGCCGUCGGGGGUGCGCAAGCAGAAACGCGAGAUGGCAGGCAAGGCGAUGACCUUCCGGUGAUGUUUGGUGAUGUUAACUUGGUUGGAUUGGUUGGUUCUUUGUCUGGUCAAUGGAUUGGUGCGCAAAGCAUGGGCUGGACAUAGUUUGUAAAUGCAUAGCGAUACCCGGUUUAAUGCAUCGUGAUAUACUUUCAC